AUGCAAACGUGUCAUUAUCUGAUAAUAUUCUUCAUACUGCUGGUGGCCAACUUAGAUGGAGCGUGCGUAAAGAGGCCAUCGAAGCAGACGACGGCCAGCAACAUCAUCUCGAGCACCAACACACCAAAAGCAUGCUCAUUGUGCACGCAGGACAUGCUCAACGAAACACGUAGAUACGAUGGAUCACAUGGUUUUGAUAAUGCUACCCUAAUAAUGGUCGAUGGUUGCGCGACGUUCUACCUGGUUUGCGCUAGCCCAAACUCAAACGAGCCGGCCAUUAUUUUCGAUUGGAGGAUCGCCACCGUGCCAUUGGACGGCAACAAAGCGGCUCUGAGUCUGUGGUGUGAGGAGGGGUUGAUCUGGCAAUAUACUGAGGGCGACCUAACCACCUAUGUCACUCAAUAUGAAUGCGGUGAUCUGGGUGUC